AUGAAGGCUCCUACUGCUCUCACGUCCGCCGCUAUCCUGGCCGGCUCGGCGUCUGCACACUCCAUCUUCCAGGAAAUGUGGGUGAACGGCGUGGAUGCGGGGUACCUGACAGGUAUUCGUGCUCCCGACUACGACGGCCCUAUCACAGAUGUCACAUCGAACGAUGUUAUUUGCAAUGGUGGUAUUAACCCCUACCACACUCCCAUCUCCACCGCCAUUGUCAACGUCCCCGCCGGUGCUACCGUCACCACGCAAUGGCAUCACACUCUGAACCAAGUGGCGAACGACCCCGCUGACCCCAUUGACGCGUCGCACAAAGGACCCGUCAUGACAUACCUAGCCAAGGUUGAGAACGCGACUUCGCUCGAAGUCACCGGCCUCAAGUGGUUCAAGAUUCAAGAGGACGGUCUGCAGGUGUCCGACCAGACGUGGGGCGUCGACCGCUUGAUCGCCAACAAGGGGCAGGUGAACGUCAAGAUCCCGAGCUGCAUCCCGGCCGGCCAGUACCUCAUGCGUCACGAGCUCAUCGCUCUGCACGCGGCCAGUAGCCCGGGUGGCGCGCAACUGUACAUGGAAUGCGCUCAGCUCCAGAUUACGGGCGGCGGCAGCACCAAUCCCUCCCCGACGGUUGCGUUCCCCGGUGCAUACAGCGCUACCGACCCGGGCAUACUCAUCAACAUCUACCAGACGCUGUCGAACUACACCAUUCCAGGCCCUGCCGUCUUCACUUGCUAA